AAAAAAAAUGCUCAAUUUCUGAUAGAAAAUUUAUAACGCUCUUUGCAAAAGGGUAUAAUCUCACCCUAGUUUUGACUAUUUUAGUUUGGAUUGAUUUAAAAAAUGAUUUUUUAUCAAAUUUGAGACUUUUUAUAAAUAAAUAAUAUUUCUUAUAUAAUUAUUAAAAGAGAAAUCUGCGAAAAAAUCCCAAAAUUUUGCCCUAGUUUAUGAUUUAGUCAUAAAUUAAAUUUUACUUAUGAAAAAGGACAUAUUACCGGCUAAUACACUCAGUUUGGCCCUAACAACCUGUAAUCCUUAUAAGAGUCGGUUACCCCAAUUCAUUGACCUUAUCACCCUCCAUUAAACACCCCGUCAUUAACUCCUCUGUAAAAAACCCCUUCUUACCCUCCAUCAAAGCAAAAUGGCAUCUUCAAGCUCAGUGGGAAGUAGGAGCAAUAUUCGAUCACGAAGGCAAGCAUUAAGGGCAACAUGCUUUUGUGAAGACCCCGUUGGUAAGUGGACAUCAUGGAGGCCAACAAACCCUGACAAGAGGUUCAUCGGCUGCCCUAAUUUCCGGGAUGAGGAAAAAGAUUGCAAGUAUUUUGCUUGGGUCGAUCCCCCAUUACCAAACAACUGGUACAGAAACUUGUUGAUGGAGUUUCACAAUAAUGACAUUCAAGUACACAAUGAGUUUGCGGAAGAAUUUGUGGAAGAAGCUGUGGAUUUUCACAACAAUGGCAUUCAAGAGGUUCCUGUACAAGGUGAAGGUGAAAAAUGGGAGAUUGGGUUUUUUUUUGUGUUUGUUGGUGAUUGUGUGGAUUAUGUUGAAGUAGUUUUAAGUUGUUGUAAAACUGUUAAAUGA